AUGCCUGGGCCCAGGGCCGUGGCCAUCAGAGUGUCUUCAGUCGGGGAGCUGCACGCCGCUCUGCUGAACGGCGACGUCAGUGAAGUAGAGGUGGUGCCCAAUGCGAGACCCGGCGCCUGGAACUUCAGCACCGCCUACUGGCCCUCACAAGUGCUGGAGCGGGUGGUGACGGUGGUGACGGUGUCGGGCAAGGACGGUCGCGGCGCGCAGCCUCCCCACUUGGAUGUGAGCCGCCUGACCGAGCUGGUGGUGGUGCGCGCCCCCGGCAGCCUGGUGCCGGUGCUGCCGCUGCUGUGCUUUGCGGCGGGCGCCGACAACGGGAGCAUCGUGGUGCUGGGGGGCGCCGCCUGCACACACGUCGCGCAGUCGCCCGCCACAGGCUGGCCGCUCAGGUCAGCCUACUGGGCCACCUGGCGCACCGACUGGUCCCAGCUGGACGACCGCACCGUCCGUGUGGAGGACACAGGAGAGAUCAGCAGCGUGCCCCACGGCGUGCACUGGCGCACCCUGGACACCACCCCGCGCUGCGCCAGGGACGAGGCGCCCGGCGGCGGCGGCGCCCGCCCCAGCGACGCGCAGCUCAUGGCUGCUAUGGCAGCCACGCUGCUGGCCUCGCUGGCCGUGCUCUACUACGGCCUCAACCACAACGUGGUGUAUGUGAGUCGCGAGGAGAGCCCCGAGGUGGCGGUGGCUCGCUCCAAGGGCAUCAUCCUGCAGGCGCUGAUCGGGCAAGGCACGUUUGGGCACGUGUACCGCGGCCUGUACCUCGGCCAGACGGUGGCCAUCAAGGUCAUCGAGUUCCCCACGUUUGAGCGCCGCGCCGCGGCCCAGGUGGCGCGCGAGUGCGCGCACGCGCUGGCCUGCUGCCACCCGUCCAUCGUGGAGUGCCUGCACCACUGCACCGUCACCGUGCGCACGCAGCUGGGGCGAGGGCUCGCGCAGGCGGCGCCCGCGGCCAGGGAGCAGGAGCUGGCGUAUGCGGAUGAGGAGCUGAUGCGGGCCCACGCCGCCCAGCAGCAGGCGCAGCAGCAGGCGCAGGGGCAGGCGCCCGCCGCCGGCCAGCCCUCCACCGCCUCGGCGCCGCACCAGCCGGCCACCGCGCCCCUCGCAGGCGCGGCCGCGGCCGCGGCGUUGCCUCGCCGCGGGCCCGCGGCAGCGGGGCCGCCCUCGCCCUCGUCAGCCUCCUUGGGGCCGGAGGGCGCGGUGCGGCACCCCGCGGCCCGCAGCACCGCCAGCACCUGCUCCACCGCCUCCACCUCCUCCUCCACCUCUUCCUCGGCAUCUGUGGAGGGCUUCAUGGCGCUGCUGGUCAUGGAGCACUGCUCGCUGGGCAGCGUGCACCGCGCCAUCGCCGCGGGGCGCUUCUUCCAGGACCGCCGGGGGCGGGUGCCCAACCUGGACUGGGUCUGCCGCACGGCGCGGGAUGUGGCGCAGGGCCUGGCCUACCUGCACGACAGCCUGCACAUUGUGCACCGCGACGUGUCAACCAACAAUGUGCUGCUGGCGCCCGACGCGUCAGACCCGCGCGGCUUCCGCGCCCGCCUCUCCGACUUUGGCCUGAGCACCGUGCUGCGUAACUGCCAGACUCACAAGACGUCGCAGCUCAAGGGCACGGUUGACUUCAUGGCGCCAGAGAUCUUCGUGUCUGGCGAGAUCCGUUUUGCUGUGGAUAUCUACGCACUGGGCAUCAUGGUGUACUGGAUGUGCAAGGGGGAGGGCCCCUUCACGGGCAUGGCCCCCUUCCAGGUGGUGGGGCGCAAGCUGGAGGAGCUGCACACCAGGCGCCUCCUCCUGCUGCCCGCCACCAUGCCCGCCGACCUGCGCCGCCUUGUGUGGGACUGCUGCCACCACGACCCGCGCCAGAGGCCCUCGGCUGCCCAGGUGGCCGACAGGCUGACCCAUAUCAUUCAGAAGCAGGCGGAGGAGCGCACGCGGCAGCAAUCGAUGGCUGUUUGA